UCUCAAAACAGACCCACUCACCCACCCGGGAAUCUCCGACCCGACCGAAGAAUGGGAGGACCGUCUGCGAAUAAUACACAAUCCAACGGCGGAACCGCCUCGUCGAAUCACAAUCCUCCGGCUACGAACGGCGGCGACGCGUCUCCGAAUCAACCUCCUCCUUUAGCAACCAAUCAGGCGAUCACAGAGUCGGAUCCGUCGAAGAAGAGGAAAAUGGGGAUGCUUCCGCUCGAAGUAGGUACUCGCGUGCUGUGCCGAUGGAGAGACGGAAAACUCCAUCCCGUCAAAGUAAUCGAGCGCCGGAGGAUACAUAACGGCGGCCAAAAUGAUUACGAGUAUUACGUUCAUUACACAGAGUUUAAUAGGAGGCUGGAUGAAUGGACUCACUUGGAUCAGCUUGACCUUGAUUCAGUUGAAUGCGCCGUUGAUGAAAAAGUGGAAGACAAGGUGACGAGCUUGAAGAUGACACGCCACCAGAAGCGGAAGAUAGAUGAGACACACGUAGAGGGUCAUGAAGAGCUGGAUGCAGCAAGUUUGCGUGAACACGAAGAGUUCACGAAAGUGAAGAACAUAGCAACGAUUGAGCUUGGAAAAUAUGAGAUUGAGACUUGGUACUUCUCCCCGUUUCCUCCUGAAUACAACGACUGUGUGAAGCUCUUCUUUUGCGAGUUUUGCCUGAAUUUCAUGAAACGCAAAGAGCAGCUUCAAAGGCAUAUGAGGAAGUGUGAUCUGAAGCACCCCCCUGGUGAUGAAAUUUAUCGAAGUGGUACCUUGUCAAUGUUUGAGGUAGAUGGCAAAAAGAACAAAGUCUAUGCACAGAAUCUCUGUUAUCUGGCGAAGUUAUUUCUUGACCACAAGACUCUUUACUACGAUGUUGAUCUGUUUCUCUUCUACGUUCUUUGCGAAUGUGAUGAUCGAGGUUGCCACAUGGUUGGAUACUUCUCAAAGGAGAAACAUUCGGAAGAAGCUUAUAACUUGGCUUGCAUUCUAACUCUUCCUCCAUAUCAAAGAAAAGGCUACGGCAAAUUCUUAAUAGCCUUCUCUUAUGAACUGUCAAAGAAAGAGGGAAAAGUUGGGACACCGGAAAGGCCCUUGUCGGAUCUUGGCUUAUUAAGCUACAGAGGUUAUUGGACCCGUGUUCUACUAGACAUCUUGAAGAAACAUAAAGGAAACAUUUCUAUUAAGGAGCUGAGCGACAUGACAGCAAUCAAAGCGGAGGAUAUAUUAAGCACACUUCAAAGCCUAGAGCUGAUACAGUACAGGAAAGGACAACACGUGAUAUGUGCGGAUCCAAAGGUUCUGGACCGACAUCUGAAAGCUGCAGGAAGAGGUGGUCUUGAUGUUGAUGUUAGCAAACUGAUUUGGACACCUUACAAGGACCAGAGUUAAAAAAAAGUUAAAAAAGUAUCUUAUUGAUAUGAAAGUUGAGUACACUCUUCUUCUCCUACAAGUGUCUGUGUAGUUUGCUUGUAAAUGUUUAACUGUACUUAAAGUGGUGUUUAUGACAAUCUUUAUGAAUGGGGAAUUUGAAGCAGCUUCAUUGUUUCAUCUUUCAGAC